CAGGCAGCGAGCAGGGCGGCGGCACCGGUGCAGCCGAGUCGUUCCCGGCGGUGCUGACGCGGCGGUACACGGUGCGGUUCAUCGGGCAGCUGGUGACGGUGCGCGGCAUCGUGACGCGCGUGUCGGACGUGCGGCCGGCGAUGGUGGUGGCAGCGUACCUGUGCGACGCAUGCGGGUGCGAGUGUUCCAGGAGGUCAAGACGCGGCAGUUCACGCCGCUGGCGCAGUGCCAGAGUGCGCGGUGCGCGGCCAACCGCUCGCGCGGCAAGCUGCACCGGCAGACGCGCGGGUCGCGGUUCCUGCGGUUCCAGGAGGUCAAGGUGCAGGAGAUGACCGACCAGGUGCCGAUGGGCGACAUCCCGCGCACGCUGACGGUGCACUGCUACGAGGGCGCCGUGCGCCGGCUCAACCCCGGCGACGUUGCGCACAUUGCCGGUGUCUUCCUGCCGCAGCCGUACACGGGCUUCCGUGCGCUGCGCGCCGGGCUGCUCGCCGACACGCUGGUCGAGGCGCACGACGUGCGGCCGCUCAAGCGCCGCUACGACCAGCUGGCGCGCGAGCUGACGCCCGAGCUGUACAUGCAGCUGGCCGAGCUGAGCCGCGACGCCGACGCGUACGGCCGCGUGGCGCGCGCCGUGGCGCCCGAGAUCUUCGGGCACGACGACGUCAAGAAGGCACUGCUGCUGCUGCUGGUGGGCGCGCCGGCCAAGCGCACGCGCGACGGCAUGGCCAUCCGCGGCGACAUCAACGUGUGCCUUAUGGGCGACCCGGGCGUGGCCAAGUCGCAGCUGCUGCGCUUCGUGGCCAAGGCGGCGCCGCGCGGCGUGUACACGACGGGCCGCGGGUCGUCGGGCGUGGGGCUGACGGCGGCCGUCAUGCGCGAUGCUGUCAGCGGCGAGAUGGUGCUGGAGGGCGGCGCGCUGGUGCUGGCCGACAACGGCAUUUGCGCCAUCGACGAGUUCGACAAGAUGGACGAGGGCGACCGCACGGCCAUCCACGAGGUCAUGGAGCAGCAGACGAUCUCGAUCUCCAAGGCCGGCAUCACGACGACGCUCAACGCGCGCACGUCGAUCCUGGCGGCCGCCAACCCGGCGCGCAGCCGCUACAACCCGCGCAUGACGCCCGAGGAGAACAUCAACCUGCCGGCCGCGCUGCUCAGCCGCUUCGACGUGCUGUUCCUGAUGCUGGACCGCCCCAGCCACGACGACGACCUGCAGCUGGCGCGCCACGUGGCGUACGUGCACGCGCACGGCCGCCACCCGCCACGCGAGGGCAGCGAGAUCAGCGUUGAUCUGCUGCGCCACUUUGUGGCCGCCGCGCGCGCGCGCGACCCGGUGCUGCCGCGCGCAGUGGCCGACUACGUGGUGGGCGCGUACGUGCAGCUGCGGCAGCAGUACAAGGCGGGGCUGCAGGCGCGGGCGAGCGGCGGGCCCAGCGGCGGGCCCCGCGCCUCGGGCCCGGCCUCGGCACGCUCCAACAUCGGCAACACCACGCCGCGCACGCUGCUGGCCAUCCUGCGCCUGGCGCAGGCCCACGCGCGCGUGCGCGGCGCCGUGGCCGUGGCCACCGAGGACGUCGACGAGGGCCUGCGCCUGAUGGACGCGGCGCACGUGACGCUGGACGCGCAGCCGGCGGGCGGGCAGCACGGGCUGUUCGGUGAGCGCGGCGCGGCGCGGGCGGACGCGGUGUCGGCCAUCUUCGCCCUGAUGGUGCGGCUGGCGCGCACGGCCGCGGUGGCCAGCGGCAGCCUGCAGCUGCUGCAGCUGGCGUACGGCGACGUGCUCGACCGCGUGCGCGACGCCGGCUACUCGGAGGCCGACCUCAGCCGCUGCGUCACGCAGUACGAGGACAUCAACGUUCUGCAGGUGAACCUGACGCGCACGCGGAUCACGUUUGUGGACGCGAGCGCGGUGCAGGCGGCGCAGUGAGGGCGAGAGGGAGCGGGGGGGGAGCGAGGGCGAGGGCGAGGGCGAGCGAGAGAGGGCCCGAGGUAGCAGAAGGCUGCCGGGGCAGUGGAUAUC